GCACACGGCACCAACCCCCCGCUACAAUUCCACCGUCUACCGCUCAUCUUUCCCGCCGACAGCCAUGGGGUCGGCGUAUAUCUUUACGCUCCAGCCAACAUUUACGCAGGGCUUGAUUCUGGGCCAGGCCUCGAUACUCUUCUUGCUCUUCCUCAUCCUGAAGUACCUGUUCUUCGACACCGACCCAGAACGCUCGUCUAGGAAGGCUUCUUAUCCACCGAAAAUUGAGUUUGACAGCAGCGAAGAAGAUGUGACGGCGGCGCGAUUCAACCUCGAUAGUUUCGAGGCUACUAAGCGUGAAGGGGACUCGGAAAGCUCAGAGUGGCUGAACGUCUUCGUGCAACAGGUGCUGAACGCAUACCGCGCGAAGCUGCGCGACGGUCUUUCUGGGCCAGACGGAGACGAGAUAGCCCGACGACGUGUGGAGGAGUUUGCGAACAAAAUGCGCCCGGCGGGUCUGCUGGACUAUAUUAAGGUGCAUUCCGUGAGCUUGGGCUCGUCUGCGCCUCGCCUUUCGAAUGCGCGUAUCCGCCGCGACCUCUCACCAGGAUCUGAUCCAGAGAUUGACUAUGACAUGAGCUAUGUAGACACCGUCGCUAUAUCCAUAUCCACAUCCGUACUCUUCAACUACCCAUUCCCAUCGUUCGCGCGAUUACCCGUUUCUCUGACUAUCUCACUAUCCCUCUUUGCGGCGCCUGUCCGUCUGACUCCGCCGCACCCCCACUCACCACACCCGACAAUCACGUUCACCCUUCCGUCGCCCCAUUCCGACUUCACGCUUGACAUCAAGACGACCUCUCUGAUGGGAAGCCGAGCGAAGCUCGAGGAUGUCCCGAAAGUCCACGAGCUCAUCCAAAAUCAGAUACGUAGAGUGAUCAUGGACAAGGGCACCUGGAAAGUGGUGCUUCCAGGUCUCUCUAGCGUGAGCCAGGUCAAGGAGGACAUGAAAAUGGAGCGUGAACUCGCGGACGAGACGUUCAGCUAG